CUUCAUCCGCAUCCGACGUUGCCAUUUACGCCAACGUUGUCGAUCCAAAAACGAUCUACUUUCUUUUGCUUAAAGUUAAAUUGCCAUGUGUUCUGUUCGCACUAGAAACGUGGGUAACGCCAUAUGGAAGUGUUCAAUCCACUCUAAGUGUUUAAAACGAAGUGCUUUACGGAUACGAACAUUAUUGCAAUUCUAAUCUCAUUUACCUCUUUCACAAUUUUUCGUCUGAUUUCGUUAUAAUGGCAUCCAGGAGGACACGAAUUAAGGGAAUUGCCAACAUCCCCCAGCGACGGAAGACCAUAAACAAUCCAUCCAACACUGAAGAAAACACAAAGCUGUCUCCAGAUUUUGGACAUACGAACGAUGAAGAUCCUAACCUCAAUCGGCAGCAUGAGAUCGUAGGUGAUAAGCAGAGUGAAGAAUGUCCCGCAGAUGGAAAGGAGUUACAGAACGAGCUUGAUAAGAACGAGGAAGUUGAAAAAACUAAUGAAAAUAGCAAUGAAAAGGGUGUUGAAACACCCACCACACCCAUUAUUUCACCACCUACAAAUUCUCCCCCUGAAAUGUUAAAAGAGAAAAAGCUAGAGUCUCCAGAUUUAAAUUCUGUGACUAGAUUUUCCGAAAAUUAUAAUGAUCCUAUUAAAAUUGUUUCGGAGAAUACUCCUGAGAUUGUUGAAAAUACUCAGAACACUAAAUUUGAGACUAAGCCAGCAGUGCCUGUGAGACGUAAGUUUAUCAAACCAGCUAUAUCUGUGAAUGCCAUUAAUCGAAAGACAAAAGAGAGUGAAGAGGCAAAGUCAAUUACUAAUAAUAAUCCAGUAAAUGUAAGAAGUGGUAAGGUUGUUAUCUUAAAUGAAAUUAUCACAUGUCCAAAUCAAAAUCAACAUGUGGUGAUUAAGUCAGAUCAUCAGGUUGUGGGAAAUGGAGUUUACGAAAGCCAGAAUCAUCUACUGAAGCCACCUGAAGUGACCAGUGUAAGGCCUCCAAAUUUAAUAGAGAGAGAUAUAAAAAGACUAGUUCCUAGCAGCCCUCAACUGCUGUCGCCAGAUAUAGAAUACCCCAUACCGCCGCCUAGUCCUAAUAAAAUAAACAGGUCAAGGAUUAAGGCGGUUCCACGACUGGGUCAACGCAACACCAGUUUUAGCGCCAGCGAAUCUGAAGACGAAAGUCGGAGGAACUACAGGCACAGAAAUGACUCCGUUUGCUCUUCAACUUCCGUGCAAGAUACUAAUUCAAUCCCUGAAUGCUUUUCCCCUCAGAAACCCAAAGAAUUUAAUUCCGUCAUUCAACGAAAAUGUAGGCGAACAGAACAGUCCCGCAAAUUAGCGGAAGCUAGAAGAGAUUUUUACUUGAAAUUUGGUAACAAGAAGCCCGACAGACAAAAGUUGACGAUGAUAGAUUUGAUAUUCUAUAAUCCGGUGACUAAUCCAAUGAGUAAUGAGAACAAAAGUAAGAGGAAGAACUCAGAGGCGGAGAGUGAGAAUGGUAUUCAAGAAGCUACAAUUGAAGAAGAAAGUGUUGAUGACCCAGGUAAAACGGGAAGUGACGAAGAAAAUGAAAUGCCAGCACCACAGAUUAAAAUCGGCCCCCAAGGAGAGCUAGUACUGGACGAAAAAAGCUUAUUAAUUGAAAACAAGGCAGUGCAAAAGAGCAGGGAAGAAAUCGAAAAGUCGCAAGUCGUCAAUGGCGAUUUUGAGACCGGCUAUGGGGUGUAUAAGAGAGCUAAACGUUCCAAAGAUUGGAGCAAACAAGAAACUUUGAAGUUCUACAAAGCUCUGAAUACCCUGGGAACCGAUUUUACGUUAAUGUGUGAAUUGUUUCCGCGUAGAUCUCGGAGAGAGUUGAAGAUGAAAUUUAAGAAAGAAGAAAGAAUCAAUAAGGCUUUGGUUGAUAAGGCAAUAAUGCAGCCAUGUGGGUUUGAUUUUCACGACUUUAAACAUGAAGUGGACAUGGAAGAGAAAGAACUACAAGAACUAGAAAAACAAAAGGAACGGGAGAAAAUAAUGAAGCAAGAAGCAAAGAAGAGAAAAACAGCUCUUCCACCAAAGGACCAACCACCUGAAAAAAUAGCAAGAGUCGAGAAACCCAAAGUGAAGAAGAAAAGAGCUUUGGAUAUCAUGAACGUGUUGGAAGACGAUAGCGAUGCUGACGAAUCUGAGGUUGAAUCGGUCGAGGAUGACAGAACAGAAGAUUUAUUGUUAGAAACGAUCCAAAAACCGACGAGAUCUGGAAGAGUUCCUAAAAGAUUAGAAAGAUAUAAAGCACCUGAACCAGAGAAUAGAUCUCUUAAAACUAAGCCUGGCUCGCUUUUAGUGGUAGCGAGUACGGGUCCAAACGGACCAGUGUACAAAGUAUGUAUGGUAACAGAAGAGAAUAGUCGUCAACAAAUCGGACAUGAUAUGAACAGCUUAGAGAAAGCCUUAGAAUGUAAAGAACACGGCAUUACUAAUUUAUUUACGCUAUCAGCUACAACCACUGAACUAGAACAGAACGUGACAAUUCCGGCUGAAGAAAAUAAUAUAACUAUUCCCGCUGAAGAAAAUGUAGUUCUAGCUGAAGAGAAUGAUAUUACAAUCCCCGUUGGUGAAGAAACUUGCACACCAAAGUAGAAGCGUUGAGUGUAGGGACAUUAAAAUGUAUCUUAUGCCAUUUUGUUUUGUUGAUAUUUUUUUAAUUUCUGUAGCGUGUAGUGUUAUUUAUUGCCUUAAAUUUUGUCGUUUGUUAUAUUUGUUUUAUAAAAACAAUCAUACAUUUCCUAUAAUAUGUAAGUAAAUGACACGAUUAAGCAUAUUUUAUAAGUAUAUGUAUUUAAUAAACUAGUUUUAUGCUGAGAA